CCUUCGCCGGCUGCCGCCCCUCCCCGGCGUCGGGAAUCUGGCGGUGGGCGCUAGUCCGACGGAGGCGGCAGCCCCCGAGGCCAUGGCUGUGGCGUUGCCUGGCGUCGUGGAGGAGCUCCUGAGCGAGAUGGCCGCGGCCGUGCGGGAGAGCGCGCGAAUUCCUGAUGAACAUCUUUUAUCGCUGAAGUUUAUCUUUGGUGCAUCAGCAGUGCAGGCUUUGGACCUGGUGGAUCGACAGUCCGUCACCUUAAUCUCGUCACCCAGUGGAAGGCGUGUUUACCAGGUACUGGGAAGUUCUGGGAAAACAUACACCUGUUUGGCCUCUUGUCAUUACUGCUCGUGCCCUGCCUUUGCCUUCUCGGUUCUACGGAAGAGUGACAGCCUACUGUGCAAGCAUCUCUUGGCAAUUUAUCUUAGCCAGGUGAUGGGGACCUGUCAGGAGCUGACUGUCUCUGACAAGCAACUCACUGACAUCUUGUUGAUGGAGAAGAAACAAGAAGCCUAAGAAGUAGCGACUGAACAUCAGUACCUUUAAUAAUGGAAGCACCACUGAGAAAUGCAUUUACCAUGUCAGGACUCGCGUGGGCGAGGUGACAGGACACAGAUCUUCCGGAAGCUUCUUGUCGCUGUUCAGUCCCUCACGGACCACAGGACAGGCUGUGGGUCAGCGCCAUAGGCAGGGAGAGGGUGUGUAUGGCUAAAAGUCCUAACAGUCUUGGCAGGAAAAACCUGAACCAUCUUCUGAGCCCCUUGGGUAUAAAGUGACCCUGGAUGGAAUCAAGUAUUGUAGACUCAAAUAAAGCCCAAUAUUGCAUCCACCAUUCGAUUCUUGAGUGACUGAAUUACUAAUUUUUACAGACUGGAAUGGUAGCCCAAAUUGAGUCAGGUGAGGUUUAAAUUAGUAAGUGUUCAUGUCGGCACUGUGGUGAAGAAGGUUAAGCCUCUGCCCACAGUGCCAGCAUGCCAUGUGGGUGCCAGUUCAAGUCCCGGCUGCUCCACUUCCCAUCCAGCUCCCUGCUAAUCUGCCUGGGAAAGCAGCAGCAGAUGGCCCAAGCCCUUGGGCCCCUGCACUAGCGUGGGACACCCGAUGAAGCGCCUGGCUGCAGCCUGCCCAGCCCUGGACAUUGCAGCCAUUUAGGGAGAGAACCAGUGGAUGGAAGACCACUCCCUGUCUCUCCUUCCUCUGUAUGUCUGCCUUUCAAAUAAAUAUUUU